ACACACCCACACCCCCUACACCCCCUUCGUUCUCGUUGUUAACCAAUGGUUGCACAAACCCGCCAGCAGGCAGUCAAGGCUGCUCGCACGGCGGAACAGGCAAAGGUGACAGCAGCAGCAGGCCUUUCGUUUGACGGUUCCGGUCCGAAAGGCAAGAGCAAGAUGAAGCAGAUCAACAGAAAUGCAGAUGAGGGAAAUGCAGAGAUCUCAUUGGCACGUCGGACCAUCGCUCGAGAUGAGCAUGGACUUUUGGUAAGCACUCCACCCCCAUCCCCAGUUGUUUCCUCCUCGGACAGGGCUGUUAACGACGGGGCUGAGGACAUGGAAGUAACCAUGGACGAAGCUGAGCACACUCAGAGCGUUGAGGCGACUGAGAACAAGGGUCCAGGAGAGGACGCUGCCAAUGGCGAAGGCUCUACUGAAGCCAUUGCCGGGGAUCAUCCAGAGGAGAGUGUGCGUUUCGAUGACAUCGUCGAGGAUAUCGACGAAGACGACCCAGGUAGUUUCCAAGUGAUUCGACGCACCCGCGAGAAGUUCAACAGGGUUCUGGUCCCUCUAUCUUCUCUGCGUGGCGAAACAACUGAAGAAAAGCGGGAGGACCUGAUGGGGAUGCUGAAGGCGGCCGAGGUCAGUGUUUUGGCAAGGAUCAAGACAAAGAAAUUCGAUGGCGAACAUCUUUAUUCGGUGUCAGUGGAGACAGAGGCUCAAGUUCAGGAGCUGCUAAAAAUGAGGACUGAGAAUGCGGACGGAGCCCGCGCUUUCAUCUUCCGCCGCGCGAAUGACGACUGGAGUCAGGACCGCCGUCGACGAACAGUGGAGGUGUGCGGACUUCCCCCACGCAUAACGGACACGCUGGUCCGUUUGUCAUUGCAGAAAUAUGGAGAGAUCGAGGACAUUUCGCGUCACAUUUGCAGCCGCGGUAUCAAGGUAACCCUUGCAGUGCGUUUCACGUCCCAAGCGGGCAUUGAGAAAUUGGUAGAAGAGGGCACUGCCUCUCUCUUUGUGAGCAAUGAACACGCUCGUUUGGGCCGUCUUGGUGCCGUGUCAUUGCAAUGGAACACGAGGCAUGUAUGCAAACUGGCGGGCUUGCCUUCUCAGACGAGCUGCAACAGGUUUAUGCUCGGUUAAGUGCAUUAUGAUGUCAUCAGCGCUUCGCCCAUCUUUCUACGACUUUCUAGAACACUGUUGCUAUCUAUCCAGCCAGUUUAUAUAAACCCCAUCCACACGUAGAACUAGACAGCAGCAUUGAUACGAAUAAAGCCUCCUUUCCACCCUAGAUCCACUUCCACCUGAUUUGACCGUUUGCA